UACAUCCAAGUGAUAAUCAUUUCAAAGAGAUAACCAGCUUCUAUCUUACCUUCCAUGAUAUCGACGAAGCAACAUCAGCUUAUGUAUGUGGUGAAAAAUCGGGAUUGGUAAUGGAAACGCCAUACCGUAUGGGUGAGACGUUAAACGGAGCCAUCGGCCUAGAUAUCAAUCAAGAGCAGAAGUUGGUUAAUGAGAAACUUAGCAACCUUCAAGCAACCGGAGCUUUGCCCGAGACCAUCACACAAGCCAUGAAGGAUUACGGACUUAGAAGGGCAAAGAUGUACGGAUGGCCAAACACGUACGUGUUUACGAAAGCAAUGGGGGAAAUGAUAGUAGGGGCAAACAGGGAGAAUAUGUCGGUCGUGAUAAUUCGUCCUUCAAUUAUUACCAGCACUUUCAAAGAACCAUUCCCCGGUUGGACCGAGGGCAUUAGGACAAUUGAUAGUCUAGCUGUUGGAUACGGUACAGGCAAACUCACAUGUUUUCUUGGUGAUCUUAACGCUACAUCGGAUGUGAUACCUGCGGAUAUGGUUGUUAAUACAAUGCUAGUAUCAAUGGCUGCUCAGGCUGGUAGACAGAAAGAGAUGAUUUAUCAUGUGGGUUCUUCAAUGAAAAAUCCAUUUAAAAAUGAGAAAAUGCCGGAAAUAGCUUACCGGUAUUUUACAACGAAACCAUGGACCAACAAAGAAGGGAAGGUGGUUCGGGUCGGGAAACUUGAUGUUUUAAAUUCUAUGCCUAGUUUCCAUAGAUACAUGACCAUUCAUUAUCUACUUCCUUUGAAGGGACUUGAGUUACUGAACAUGGUAUUUUGUAAGUCGUUAGAGAAGAAAUUUAGGGAUCUCAGUAAGAAGAUAAAUUUUGUAUUGCGGCUUGUCGAUCUCUACCAGCCUUACCUCUUUUUCUAUGGAAUGUAAGUGUUAUUUUUUUUCUAAUCUCAAUUUGGCUUUCUCCUUUUGACCUGACCCACUACAGUUACAUAUAUGUAGCAUAUAGAUAUUCGAAUAACUAAAUUACAUAUACACGCAGAUUCGAUGAUAUAAAUACGGAAGAACUGC